CAGGUUGUUUCUGCGGCUUCCAUGCAUCAAUGUUAAUGGCAUAUCUUUUGUCCACACACAAAGUGGGCAAAACCAUGAAUCCCUACCAGCUGUUGAGGAAUGCACUGAACUUCUUUGCUUCCACAGAUCUGACGGAGAACGGUAUCACCUUGGCUAAAAACCCAGACUCAAAAGCGCCUUCACUGCCGGAGUUUCAUGCAGCAUUCUCUGUGGUAUUUGUGGAUCCCUCUGGGCAUCUCAAUCUGCUUGCAGACAUGACAGCUUUUACCUACAAACGGAUCCAACAUGAGGCAUCACUCUCUCUGACGUUCUGGGAUGAUCCAACAGUAGAUGGCUUCCAGGCUCUGCUCAUGACACCCAAAUCCAUGCUCCGAACAUAUGAUAAUGUCUUUAAACUGGUUAACCUGGUGAAAUUGCAGACCUCCUGUAAAAAGCUUUUACUCCUCAAUGAGCUCAUGGACCACAGCGGGAACUAUGUCCUCACUGCACUUCCUUUCGUUUUGUCCCUCUUGCAGCGAGGGCUUGGAGAAAGGAUCCACCUUCUGGUACACUCACUCCCUCAAGACCCUGAGUGGCCAGUGGACAGUGCACCUCCUAAGCACAAGGACCAGCCGCCUCUGAACAUUGGUUUGCUGCUGAACCUUGAACAUGCUCUCUCUGUUCUCGAGAGAGGACCACCAGCAGAUAACCCUAAGGCAGCUGAGUUCCGGCAGCUGUGGGGCUCUCGCUCACAGUUGCGGCGCUUCCAGGAUGGAGCCAUCACUGAGGCAGUGCUGUGGUCAAGUAACUCCAUCUCUCAGAGGAGAUUCAUUGUACUGAAGAUCAUCACUCACCUGCUAGAGCUUCAUGCAGAUAUCCCCAACUCAUGCAUCAUGUUUGUUGGUGGACAGCUGGAUGUUGUCAUUGGAUGUGGCAUACAGAACCACACUACAGGAGAGGAGGAGAGUCUGGAGGUGGUUCAAUCUUACGAUGAUCUGAGCAAGAAGCUCUGGCAGUUGAAGGAUCUGCCACUGUCUAUCACGUCAGUGCAGGGUGCCCACCAGGCCUUAAGAUACACACAGGUCAGUCACCUCCUCGGCUAUAUUCAGUUGUGUGAUAUUUUUUUGACUUUGACUUUGACUUUUGGAUUAUUCUCACCCACUUCGCUUCCUGUCGACCUUCUGUUGGAAGAUAUCCGAGAGGAAGCAGCUGAUCUGCUGGUGGCUUCACUCUUCCUACAUGCUGCUCCCUUCACUCCACCAAGCUCUCCUCAGGUGGGGUUCCUUCGCUUCCUUCAUGUGCUUUCCACUUUUGACUGGAAAAACAAUCCCCUGAUAGUCAACCUCAAUGGGAAACUCACAGCUGUUGAACAAACAGAUAUAAAGAAUGACUUUGUGGCCUCUCGAGAAUCUCUUCCCACCAUGUUCAUAGUCACUCCCAGUGAAAAGAAAGUCUCUGUUUGGACUAAAGAGGCUCCUUCUGUGCAGAUGCUCCAGCGUGCCGUCAUGUUGGCAGCAGAGAGUCUACGUGUUUUAGAGACUCAGCUCGACUCCGGUGAAAAGCAGGACAUGCGGGUGGCAUUUCGACCUCCUCUGGAGGCUUAUGAUGUUCUGAUCCACCUCGAUUCAAAGCAGGUUCCUCUGUUAGCUAAAGCUGUGGAUCCUCCUGUCAAUACCUUCCGGCGAGGCACCCAUGGAGGACAACCGUUCACUUCGGGAGGAGCUCUGCCAGUCAUAGACUAUGAUCCGGUCCGACUGUAUAUGUCUGAACUCCGGGAAGCAUUUGGAGAUCUGGCUCUAUUUUUCUACGACCUGUAUGGCGGAACUGUGAUCGCAGUGCUGUGGAAGCCAGCUGCCUUUGAGCCGAAACCCUUUAAGACAUCUUUAAUGAACGCCCGCCGGGUAGAGGUGAAUGACGAUGUGGCAACCACCGUGCCAAAUGUAGAAGCCAUCCUGCAGGAUUUCCGCAUCAUCGGGGAGGGUCUCGUCAAAAGAUUGGAACUGAGAACAGAAAAAUGGGUUGUCUAGGAUCUGGCAGUAAUUUCUGUAGGAAUAACUGUUGAUCUGGAUGUUGCUGUGUGUUUACUUGUACAUUUUACAUGUACAUGUGCUCGAAUUGCUUCAAUUAAAUUCUCUGCAACUGCCUUUUAAAAAUAUUGCUAUACUGUAUUAUUUUAAUCAAGUAAUAACAAAAUGAUGUUUUCCCUUCAUACAAUGAGUUGUGACCAAAAAAAAAAAAUCUUCAUAA